UUCCGCUUCGUAUGCUACUUUCGCUUUCAGAAGUACUUUAUCCAUAGCUUUUGCAUAAUCCCCUUUCAAAAACUCUCUGCGUGAGGUAGAGUAAGGCCAAUCAAGUGAGUAAAUAACCUGCCGCACAUUGAGAUUUAGGCGCCGGUUCCUGUCUGUCACAUGACCAAACGUUCUUCGCUCCGGUAUCGAAGUCGAACAUGGGAGGGGAAAGUGACAGCUGAGUUAUGAACAAGUAAUCUGUUUAUGCCUGAUAUCUUUAAAACAAAGAACUGAUAUCUUUGGCCUGUGUUGGAAGAUAUUUUUCCGUGGAAAAAGCGCUAACCAAUAAGGAAAUAUUUCUCAAACAUAUCGUGGUAUUUGGUCUUCAUCUUGGAUCAGGUACAACCAUGAGCUUCAUCCCCCUUGCAAUACCUCUGAUGUCAAUGUUCUUUAUCUGGACCAGUUUAUAUUUCUUCUUGUGCAUCAUCAAUCCUCAUCGAAGCCAUGAAUGGAACUGCCGACUUGUUACAGUGUGUCAUGGAGCUUUGACAUCACUGUUGUCAUUCUGGAGCGCGUUCAUCACUGGUCCAUGGCCCUUGGUUGCCAUGGGUGAUGCAAACACCCCAUUACAUACAUUCAUUGCCACCUUCACUCUGGGUUACUUCAUGUUUGAUUUUUUGUGGUGUUUUUACAUGGGCACUGAAGGGAUUGAUAUGCUUUUACAUCACAUCAUCUCUACCUGUGGAAUAGUUUUUGUCCUGUUUGAUGGUUAUUCUGGUCCAGAACUUGCUGCUACAAUACUCGGAACAGAAAUUUCAAAUCCGUUCUUACAGAUGAGGUGGUUUAUGCGAGAAACUGGUCGAUAUCAAACAUUACUGGCAAAAGUGAAUGAUGUUAUCUUCAUGGUGAUGUUCAUUUGUUGGCGCUUUGGUCCAGGAACAUUACUCUGUUAUCGUACUGUGUCAUCUACAAAACCAAAACUUUUUGUCAAGCUGGGAGGAAUAGGAAUGUAUUUAAUUAGCUGGGUUUGGGUAUUUUUUAUCAUAAGAUUUGCUAAGAAAAGAUUUUUUGGUAAAGGUCACAAGAAAUAGAACAUAUUUUUUUAAAUGUCAAAAUAGAGACAAUAUAUAAUGCUCUUUUACAAGGCUCCUCUUCGAUUUUAGAAAAGUUUUAUGUAAGACUAACAGAUCCAUUAAGUUGGAAAGAUGACAUUAACAGAGAGACAAGUUCUGCAUUAUUUAUUACUUGCUUUAUAGCACUAGGAAAUUGGUGUCCAUUUUUAUAAACAGGUUUACCACUGUUAGUCUGCAACAUAAAAUUUAGCUUUAAAUGACAUUUGUACAAGACAACCAAGCUCAAAAUAUACAAUCUUUAAAAAUCUAUUGAACUAAUCAUUUGAAUUGUUUAUAAUUUUAUGUUGCACAAAUGGUAUUUUUUCCCAUAAGUUUGCAAUAAAAAUUAAUGUCACAGCAAGAUGAAGAGGGGAGUUCAGAAUUAUGGACAAUGCCUGCUUUCUUUCUGCACAAUUCAAACAAAAAAUUUUCCCUAUUUUCUCCA